CUCUCGUUCUCCACACUAAUUCUCCACACAACUCAUCAAGGACAGGGAAAGAAACCCAAGAUGUCUGUUGCUGAUUACUGCCCAGUAUACGCACCAUUUUUUGGCGCUAUGGGAUGUACUGGUGCCAUCGUCUUCACAUGCAUAGGAGCCAGUUAUGGGACGGCUAAGUCUGGCGUUGGUAUCUCCUCCAUGGCUGUAUUGCGCCCGGACCUUAUGAUGAAGUGCUCUAUUCCAGUCGUCAUGGCUGGUAUCAUUGCUAUAUACGGUCUAGUUGUGUCAGUCCUUAUUGCUGGAAACCUGAAAGCCACAAUGCCACUCUUCGUGGGUUUUCUGCAACUGGGUGCAGGGCUUAGCGUCGGUCUUGCUGGUCUCGCUGCUGGGUUUGCUAUUGGUAUCGUUGGGGACGCUGGUGUUCGAGGGACUGCGCAACAGCCACGGUUGUUUGUUGGAAUGAUUUUGAUUCUAAUUUUCGCUGAGGUGUUGGGGUUAUACGGGUUGAUCGUUGCCCUGAUAAUGAACACCAAUGCUACCGCCGACUUUACGUGCCCUGUUCCAAAAUGAACCCUACCCAUGCCAUCGGGCUCACCGGCUGCUCCUGUCGGGCGCGUUUGGUUCCUAGUUACGUGACGGGUCCGAUGCCGUAUUUGAGCGUUGUCGUUUCACUGUUUAUCUGACUAUUCAAGCAUUAUAUCCAUCUUGCUAAAUGCGGCCCGAGCCAA